AUGAUUUCCAAGAUUGUCAUAGCCCUACAUGUCGUCUUGACACUAGUCAUACUUGCAGUAACCAUUAGGGCUCUGCAGGAUGAAGCGAAUGAGAAGAAGGGAAUAGUGCAGAUUCUGGUUCCUGACUUGGUCGGGUCCAUCGCCACAGCGGUGCAAAGUGCCGCAGCCGGUGUGGUCACUGCCGCGGUCGCAUCAGGCGAAUCCUUGGUCGCCGCGAGUCUACCGUCUAGCAUAUCAGUGGGCACCAAAUACGCGUGUGUGGCUUCAGAAUGCGCCGCGAUUCCAGGCCACGCCUUUCGCCUGAUACAAGACCUGGCCGCGUUUGUCCCUUCGUCCGAGGAGAUCGAACAGCUGCAGGAGCUGGUAGAGAAAUGCCCCAACCUGGAGACCGUUUUGUUCGCCGGGCUCGGCUUGGUUUUGGUGUCGACUACACUGCUGCUUGCUGGUCUCAAGUUCAGGCUGCUUCGCUUCGUAUCGCUGGGGCUGGACGUUGUCGCCGUCGUCCUCUUCGCGGUAGUGACGGCCUAUACGGUCUCUCUCUAUAAGACAUCUCAGGCUGUGGCAGGCCUGCUUGGAGUUGAAGCGAGCAAAGGGGACAUUUAUGGAGCAUCUAUCGCAGAUUUGUCACUAUGUCUGAUUAUGACUGCGCUCGCUCUCGCGCAGACUCCAUCGUCCCGCGGCAAUUCUCUACACGUCAUCUCGUCGUUCAUAGCCCAUUCUCAGGCGUCAGUACGCCUAUACAUGAUCAGCAUGAGCGUCCGUGGUGUUGUGUCCCUGAAUAUCACGAUCGUCUUCGUGUCCGGACUGACGGGGCUGGCGGGCAGACCACUUCAUGAUAUCAGGCAGCUCGUGCGCCUCGACACGGACUCUUGUCAGUCGGACGUACCGGAUGAUCCUCCUGUGGUGGUCAGCCAGCAGACGUUGGAGGAGACCCUUGCGCGCCUCGGAAUCUCUCCCGAAAAGGUGCGAUCUAAAAGUCGGUCGAGGGGCGAGCUUACGGCUCUCGUCGGCUGCGAUGCCGCAGGGUCGACCAUGGAAAAUCCCCGCGAUGGCAACCGCGUUCCCGAUCCGGUGUCCCCGAAGACCACGACAGCCGGACUGCGACUUGUCAUCGACCGCAUCAACUCGAGCAUCCAGAGACUUGAUCACCAGCUCCGUGUUCUGAGCGACGCACAAGAGCGAUUGCGAAAGCUGGCGUUGUUGACGACAGAGGAGGUGGAUUGGGAUGAUCCCGUCACGCAAA